AUGGAGCAGCCCGCCGCUCCCGAUCGGAGCGAUGUCCCGGCCGGGGAGUGCGAAUGGCGGGAGGAGCUGCGGCGGCAGCAGUCCCAGGUGGACGCGCUGCGGGAGCGGCUCGUGGAGGUGAAGGUCGGGAUGCGGUGCUCCGAGGGCGACUCCCGGAGGGAGCUCGACCACCUGUGCCGCAGGGUGAAGACCAUCGCCACGCUGCUGGCGUACCUCAAGUCCAAGGCGAGGAUCAUGGCGAUACCGCACCUCGCGCACACCUCCUGCGGGAUCAGGCAGCAGGAGGGCGUCGGGUACGUCGACCGGCACGGGGUGCCGCUGGCGGACUGGCCCAAGGGCAGCGCCGGGCCUGCGCCUUGCGGGGCAGGUUCCGGUGAUGUGAUGGUGGCGGCGGAGGGUGGUGCUGCUCCUGUGCACGGCGAUGCCGCCGGGGGUGGUGUGGAUGUGGAUGACAUUCUCAAAUCCAUCCGCGUUGUGACUGAUGUGAUGGAGUCGCUUGUGAAGAGGGUGAUUGUGGCCGAGUCCGAAGCAGCUAACGAGAAAGAGAAGGUGAGGAUGGGGUUGGAAGAGAUCAGGAGGAAGACGCUGCAGGUCGAGACUAUGUCUGCCAAAGUUGAGGAGAUGGAGAAGUUUGCGGUGGGUACGAAUGGGAUGUUGAAUGAGAUGAGGCAAAGGGUUGAGGAUAUGGUGCUGGAGACCACUCGGCAGAGACAGCGCGCUGCUGAAAAUGAGCAGGAGCUUAGUCGGGUAAAGCAGGAUUUCGAGUCCCUGAGAACUUAUGUUAGCACUCUGGUUAGUGUCAGAGAAACUCUUCUCUCAUCAGAAAAGCAAUUUGAAACGAUGGAGAAACUCUUUGACAGAUUAGUUGCCAAGACUAACCAGCUCGAGAGCGAGAAAGCUCAGAAAGAAACUGAAGUCCAUAAAGUGAUGGAGGAGAAUGUGAGGCUACGCACUAUGCUUGACAAGAAAGAGGCGCAGCUCCAGGCGAUGAGUGAGCAGUGCAAGUUUAUGGCACUGAAUCACCACAACUAG